CAUCCCAACAGAUGAACUUCAUUCUCUUCAUUCGCAUUAUUCGGAUCCUAGUCCAGAAGUUGCAUUCCCCAGAUGUUGGGCACAACGAAACCAGCCAGUAUUUGAGACUGGCCAAGUCCACCUUGCUGCUGAUCCCUCUCUUUGGUAUUCACUACACCAUGUUUGCGUUCUUCCCUGACAAUUUCAAAGCAGAAGUUAAGCUUGUCUUUGAGCUUGUGGUUGGGUCAUUCCAGGGAUUUGUGGUGGCUGUCCUGUACUGUUUCCUCAAUGGGGAGGUCCAAGCUGAGCUCAAGCGAAAGUGGCGAAGGUGGCAUCUGGAACGGUUCCUGGGCUCGGAUAUGAAGUAUCACCACCCUUCCUUGGGCAGCAACGGCACAAAUUUCAGCACCCAGAUAUCCAUGCUGACCAAGUGCUCACCAAAGACACGCCGGUGCUCUGGCUUCCAGGCUGAAUUCUCUCUGGUGUGAAGGGGAGAGACUCUCUGAGCACAGAGCAUCUGAGAUAGAAACAGAGAUAGGGAGAAGGAUCCCCAGGAAUCAGUGACAUGAUGACAAACCCUUGUGAAAUGAAAUGCUCAACAUGAGCCAACAGAAGACACAAAUCUGGAAAAGCCACUGGCGUCCAGAACAAGAUCAGACAAGCCAGGAGGCAGAGAAAUACUUUCCUUCUCCCUCUUUACAGACCUUUCACUCUAAGUUGAUGCCCACAGGGGAUGAUAGCUAUGAGUAAAGGUCCUACUCACUUGAGGAGAGCCUGGGAGGUCAGGAUGUGUCAUAAAUAAUGAAGUAAGGAGGUCAAAGGGAGCGUGAGUCCUUAGAGGCUUUACCAGAACGGGUGCCCCUGAAACAAAUUGCACUU